AUGCCUGAUACGCCACUCACCAAGCGACAGAGAGUGAACGAUAAUGAGAGUCGGGAGUUUGAGGCGGUCAAUGGAUCUACAAAGUCACCUUUGACUUCAAAUUCAAAUUCUACGAUAUCGCAUACGCCCAAGAAGCUGGUGAUUGGCACUAAUGAUGAUACGACCAGUCAAUCACAGCCUAUAGUAUCAUCCUCAUCUUUACAGGCUCCAAGCUUACAGCAUCCCAAUAGUUCAUCCAGAGGACGCGAACAGCGCACUUAUUCACAGUCACCACCAAGAUCUCCUGGCCGAUCACCUACUAGAAAGCUGGAACUUAUCAAGAUAUCACCAGUGAAAAAGAAUAGACUUGAACUGCAAAGAUUAUAUGAUGCCGAACAAAGUCAGAGGAACGCGGCAAGACUUUGUAUCAAUAAAUUAGUUCUUCAAGAUUUCAAAUCGUACGCUGGACGGCAGGUCGUUGGUCCAUUUCAUAGCAGUUUCUCGGCAGUUGUGGGACCUAACGGUUCCGGAAAAUCCAAUGUGAUCGAUUCCAUGUUGUUCGUAUUCGGUUUUCGAGCCAACAAGAUGAGACAGGAUAGACUCUCAGACCUAAUUCAUAAUUCUGAAGUUCACCCAAAUUUGAAAAGCUGUUCAGUAGAGGUUCAUUUCCAAUAUGUGGUCGAUGAACCAGAUGGUACUACGAGAAUUGAUGAGGAGAAACCUACGUUGGUCGUUACCAGAAAAGCUUUCAAGAAUAAUUCUUCCAAGUACUACGUUAACGACAAAGAAAGCAACUAUACAGAAGUUACUCAACUACUGAAAAAGGAGGGAAUUGACCUGGAUCACAAGAGGUUUUUAAUUCUACAAGGUGAAGUGGAAAACAUUGCUCAAAUGAGACCGAAAGCAGAGAAGGAAGGUGAAGAUGGUUUGUUAGAGUACUUGGAGGAUAUUACCGGUACGGCUAAAUACAAACCACAAAUCGAGACGAUUUUGCAGGAGAUCGAAGUUUUAAAUGAAAGCUGUAUCGAGAAGGAGAAUAGAUUUCAUAUAGUAGAUCAGGAGAAAAGCUCACUUGAAACAGGGAAAGAUGAAGCUCUUGAGUUUUUGGAGAAAGAGAAAACACUCACAUUACUAAGGUCAAAGAUGAUUCAGUACAAGAUUUGGCAAAACGAUAUCAAGUUAACAUCCACUUUGGACAAAAGCAGCAAGCUAAAGGGUCAGCUGGAUCAAGAAAAUGAGAAAUACUCAGAAACUUUAAAAGAAGUUGAUUCGCUUAAAGAUGAGAGUAAACAGGUCGCGAAACGAAUUGAAACGCUGGCUAUAGAGGAGAAAGCUUUGCUGGCCCAAAAAAGAGGUCUGGACCAGCAAAGAGUGGCUAUAGAGGAGAAGAUCAAGUCUGUCAACCAAAAAACAAAUAAAGCUGAAAAGCUAUUGAAAUCGAAUCAACACUCUUUGAAUGCAACAGAGGCAAAUUUGAGGGAACUAAGACAAUCGCAACUUGACUAUGAAAAGGAGCUUCAGGACCUCAAUCAGGAACUCAUUACGGAGCGUGCAAAACUUGAAGAUGUCAAGAUAUCUUUGAAAGAAAAGACAGUUAAUAUAUCAGCCGGAAUUGCCCAAUACGAAAAGGAUUUAGAACCCUGGGAUGGGCAGCUUCAGCAAAAGAGGGCAGAGAUACAACUUGCAGAAUCUGAGCUUUCUUUACUCAAGGAUACAAAUGCGAGGAUAAAUAAAGACAUCGAACAAUUAAAGAAUGAAAUAGCUCGAGGAGGCGAAGAAAAGCUUGCGAAAGAGAAAGUUAUCAGAGAAUUGAAGCAGGAAGAAUCAGAUGUAACAGCGGAGGUACACACAGCAGGCGCAGAAUGCUCCAGUGCCAGCGCAAGAUUGAAAAAGAUGCAUGAAAUUUUGAUCGCCCAAAGGCAACGCACAUUAGAUGCCAGAGCAGCUUUUUCCAGUGCCCAAAACAAGAGCACAGUUUUGACUGCUCUUACAAAACUACAAAAGUCAGGCCGAAUCAGUGGAUUUCAUGGUAGGCUGGGUGAUCUGGGAGUCAUAGACGAAAAAUACGAUGUGGCAAUAUCUACUGCUUGCCCUCGUUUGGAGGACAUUGUCGUCGAAUCUGUGGAAUGUGGUCAGCAGUGCAUCGAAUACCUAAGGAAAAAUAAGCUUGGUUAUGCAAGAUUCAUCUUACUGGACAAAUUGCGCAAAUUUCACACGGGCAAGAUUCAAACUCCAGAGAACGUUCCACGACUAUUCGAUUUAGUCAAACCGAAGGAUGAUAAAUUCAUACCGGCCUUCUACAGUGUGCUAAGAGAUACCUUGGCCGCUCAAAGUUUGGCUCAGGCAAAUAGAGUUGCUUACGGAAAAAAGAGGUUCCGAGUUGUAAGUCUUGAUGGAAAGCUGAUUGACAUAUCAGGCACUAUGAGUGGUGGCGGUUCGCAUGUUGUGCGUGGGCUUAUGAGACUAAGUCAAAACAACUCUUACAGCCCUGAUAUAUUCAGUCCAGAGGAAGUUGCCCAGCUUGAAAAUGAGUUAACUGAGAAGGAAAAGAGCUUUCAGAUUGCUAGCGACACAUUUCGUGAAAUGGAGGAUCAGCUAAAGAAGCUGAAAGACAGGGUACCCGAGAUUCAGCUCAAGGUAUCAAAGUUAGUGAUGGAAACAGAAUCAUGGAUGAGUGAAUUGAAAUUGAAGGAGAAGCUGCUGCUCGAAAGACUAGAAGCUCAAAAGAAGGCCACGGGGAAGAAUGAAGAGUAUCAGUUGGCAGAAGCUCGAGUGAAAACGCUCAAAGAUGAGCAAAGAGCACUUUCUGAUCAAACAACAACUACUCGGCAAAAGAUAGCUGUUUUGAAGGACAAGAUUAUGGAAAUCGGUGGGUCUGAACUGCAAAUCCAGAACUCCAAAGUAACUUCGACGAUACAGCGAAUGGAGAUACUUACAUCUAAACAAAAGAAAGGUAAAGCUAGUAUCAAAAAGGCAGAGAAUGAGCUCAAGAAGUCUGCUAAAAUAGUAGGCAAUACCCAAAAAGACUUGGACCUGUAUUCGCAGGAAAUUGCUUCAUUGAAAGAAAACGCCGACAACGUGCAGCAGACCUUAGAAUCCGUCGAAAAGUCUGUUGAUGAACAGCAAGAUCUCAGUCAUGAAAUGAAUGAAAAGUUAGAUCAGCUGAAACAGCGGCUUGCUCAGAUGGAGGCCGGUUUCACUGAGUUCAAGUCACUGAAGAUAGAAAUAAACGACAAAUUGGAGAAACUGAAUGCAUUGUUGGGCCACAUAACGAAAGAAGUACGACAGCUGGAGAGCGACUUAAAUAACCUUAAGAUAAGGGAUGUUACGAGAACUUUGCAGCUCCUUGACGAAGGUGAAAGCACAAAUAACUCGAAAAUGCCUAACGAAUUGCAAGAAAAGAGAACAGAAGGGGCAGAUGCUACGAGGCAAGAAGGAGAAGAGAGCGAUGUCUCAAUGGAGGAAGAAAAAUCCAACGAUGAAGUAAUGGAAGUAGAUGAGAAACCACAUGAGCUCGAAAAUGGGCUUCCGCGUGUAUCUGAAGCGGAGCUCAAGAGCUUAGAUGUCGAAGAUCUUGGUGCUCAGAUAGAAGACUUACAAAACUAUGUCGAUUCCGUUAACGUUGAUGUCGAGAUCUUAGAAGAAUAUGCAAAGAGGUUGGCAGAACACAAACGAAGAAAGGUAGAUCUCAAUGAGGCAGUUGGGGAGCGAGAUGCUAUGAGAGAAAAACUUGGGGAAUUGAAGAAAAGGCGCUUUGACGAGUUUAUGCAAGGCUUCGGGAUAAUCUCGAUGACCUUGAAGGAGAUGUAUCAAAUGAUUACUAUGGGUGGUAAUGCCGAAUUGGAAUUAGUCGACAGUUUAGAUCCAUUCUCGGAAGGUGUGACUUUCAGCGUGAUGCCACCGAAAAAGAGUUGGAGAAAUAUUACGAAUCUGUCUGGUGGUGAAAAGACUCUCAGUUCUUUGGCGCUCGUUUUUGCCCUGCAUAAGUACAAGCCCACACCUCUUUACGUCAUGGAUGAGAUUGAUGCAGCAUUAGAUUUUCGAAAUGUUUCGAUUGUUGCAAAUUACAUCAAGGAGCGGACCAAGAACGCCCAAUUCAUUGUUAUUUCCCUACGAAAUAACAUGUUUGAAUUAGCUCAGCAGCUAGUCGGUAUCUACAAAACUCAAAAUAUGACGAAGAGCGCCAGUCUGAAAAAUAAUGACAUAUUAAAUAGAACAUAA